GGGGUCCUACCCCAGCUGGCCUCAUUGCCGAGCCGUUGCAAUAGUAGGCGGGGACCUCCGUGACUCGCUGGCUUUGCACCAACACCCUCCACCUGGUGAAUAACAGCCGGACGCUCGGGUCGCUUCCACUGGAUUCAUCCGUCGUUCUCCGAACGGCGCACCGAGCCUCGAGGCGCGCACCACGUCUGACUUCCACACAGACUCCUCCGGGUCUGGGGACGACACGGGACACGCUGUAGUGGACAUGCAGAGUGGCUCUUUGGGACGUUGAUGGGUUCCCGUGUUUUUUUCCUGGGAUGACUACGGUGCCGAGGAGGAGACGGGCAUGUUUUGAGUGGAACAAGACGCACCACAUUUAGAAGGCGAACCGGGCACUGCUCGUUACCAACUGCUACGUGGCCGCUUUCAGUGGGGGAACGCAUCACAGAGGCGCCCGGAACACGAGCAUCGUCCCUGCGGGGUCGUCACAGUAUGUCCGUCGACACAAGCCCCCCAGCCCCGCCGCCACCGAGCGCAUGGCCGGGCGAGGAGGAGCCGUCGGCGUUAGACGCGCGCGGCUGUCUGGCGGCGGGAGCGAUGGUGGCUGUGCCCUGCGACGCGACCGACACGGAGGAGUCGCUCGCGGAGGAAGAUGCCAAACCCGAGCCCCCCCGCAGUGCGUCCGCUGGAGAGCUGGUCAUAGUCAUCAACGACAAGCUGGAGAACCGUGAGGCGGGGUCUCCGGUGGUCUCCUCGCCCCCCCGCCGGCAGCACUCCAUCUCCUACUCCCACCACCCCCACCACGCCAAGACGCGCAAGGGCAGCCGGGCCAGCUCCGUCGGCUACACCGCCUUCUCCCCGCGGCCCUCGCUCUCCCGCCACUCCAGCAUCGCCGUGGCCCCGCCCAUCGACAGGUCAAAGGUCAAGGACUACAUGCUGCUCAGCGUGCUGGCCUGCUUCUGCCCCGUCUGGCCCAUCAACAUCGUGGGCUUCGUCUACUCCAUCAUGUCCCGGAACAGCCUGGAGCAGGGUAACCUGGACGGGGCGGUGCGUUUGGGCCGCGUGGCCAAGCUGCUGUCGGUGGUCUCCCUGGUGGGCGGGACCCUCAUCAUCAUCGCCUGCAUCGUCAACCUGGCCAUCAACGUGAAAACCUGAAGGUGGUUCCCCCCCACAGCCAGACCUGGCCCCCCCACCCGCUCCGCACCUCGCUCCACCCUUAAACCCUCCACCACCACCACCCACAGCCAGGCCCAGCACCCGACGCCCCCCGCCCCCUCGAGGAGACCUGCUGCUGGGGUGUGGCCGGAGAGGAGCUCCCUGGAGGGGUCACAGAACAGGAUGUUGACCACAGAACUUUAGGGCAGAACCCUCCCCCCCCCCCCCCCCC